AUGCCCUAUUCCCGAAUCCCCUUACCGCAUCCCGUCCAGCCGCUGCAUGUCUAUCGCCAUCUCCUCCGAGCCGCCUCCUACUUCCCUGCCACAAUACGCCCCUUCCUCGACCAGCGUAUACGAGCCGGUUUCCGAAAAGAGCGCCAGAGAGCUGCCGAAAGCCAAGCAAAACUCCGCCGUGCCUCCGACCCUGCCCAAGCCCGCAGAGACGAAGAAUACCGCCGAAAGAAGCACCUCCUCGACGCGAAGAAGAAGAUACCCUUUCUCCAUGCCUCGGCCAACGGAGACCAGAAACGCCUGCGCACUCUCAUGUUCCACGUCUUUGCCCGCCUGGGCAAGCAACGUCGGGAGCUCAUGUCCCUGUUCGUCGCCAAAGACCCCGAACCGCCCCUCGGCCCCGACCAGCUCCAGGAGCGCAUGGACCAGAUGGAAAGGGACAGGAAGAAGAGGGAGAAGCUGCUCAAAACCCAUCCCUGGAAACGAAACUACGAUAGACAAGACCCUACCCCUUGGGCAUACCAACAACUCAGCCCCAUCCAAGACAACUGGGACAUCCCCAAGCUGCGCGCCUACAUCAAGGCCCAGAAGACCCACCAGAACAGCGUCAGCAGCAUCGGCUUUCCGCGAGGCCCCAUCAGGCUUACCGAUCCGAAUAACAAGCUGCCCAAGGAGGACAUCUGGGGCCGCCCUGCGCCGCCGCGGAGGGUGACCAAGGCUGUGCGAAAGUGGUGGAAGUUCACCGCUGACAGGGUCAUGCCCCCGAUCGACAGGGGCAGUUGGGAUUUCCUCAAGAUGCUCGCCUCCGGCGACGCGCCCAAGGAAAUGUACCGGUUCCCGCCCAAGAGGCGCAUCGCAGCGCCCGCCGGCCAGGAACACCGCGCUCGGCCGGACUGGGACUGGACGAUCCACACCCGCCUUCCCGCCCGCGACGUCGAACGCCCACGCAGUCCGCUGCUCACACGGUUGACCGGCCAGUGGGACGACGGGCCGUACUCCAGAACCAUCGCCAGGGUACCUUUUGCGAAGCACCAGCCAAAGAACGCAGGGGGCCCGCCGUUUCGCCGACAACCCUUCCGCACACGACAGAUCCGGCGGGAGUACGAACGAAUGUGGUUGGCGUCCGCGUACAUGGAGACCCCGGCCGCCGAGAAGGAGUCGAAGCCGACCGUCGCGAAACCCGUUUGGGGCGCCAAGAAGGCGGAGCUGCCCGUGGCCACCGCCGCCCACCAACGUCUCUUCCGCGGCGUCGACACCACGGGGAAAAGACUGAAGCCGACCACUCGCGACAGGGAAACCAAAGAGGCCUCAAGUAGACGGGCGAAAGAACUGAAAGGGGCAAGCUAG